UUGUAAUGUUCUCUAAUAAAAUGAAUUUGAAGUCCUUUUUGUUGCUAUGUUUUCUUUCUGGGGUAGUUCUUAUCACUACGGUGAUGGGUGAUGAGCCUUCUAAAAAAGGAGGAUCAAAUGAAAGUCAAGAAAACUCUAGUGUAUGCGAUGAUGAGAAUUACUUUUUGAGCGGUAGGAAAUUCCAGUUGAAUCAUGGUAGCGUUAACUGUAAAGGAAAGGGAAAACGAGGUGUCAAAUAUGGUGGUAGUAGAUCUGAGAAUGGGGGAGGCAAUGAAGUUGGAUUAAAAGCUGGUGGAAGUGUAAAAGGUGAUAGUGAAGGAGGCCCCUCAAGUUUUGGUGGUGGUGGUGGUGGUACGAAAGGAGGGGGUAGUGUCAACGGUGCCGAUAGCCCAGGUAGAGGAGGAAGUGUUGGAGGACUCCCAAGUUACGAUGGUAGUGGAAGUGUAGAAGUCGAUAGUGAAGGAGGUCCCCCAGGUUUUGGUGGUGGUGGUGGUGGUGGUACCAAAGGAGUACGUAGCGAAAGUGUCGGUAGUCUAGCAGGAAAAGGAAGUGUUGCAAGGUUCCAAAGUUAUGGAAAUGGUGGAACGGCAGUAGUUGAUAGUGAAGACCUCCCCCCAGGUUUUGGUGGUGGUGGUCGUACGAAUGGAGGAGGCAGUGUCAACAGUGCUGGUAGCCCAGGUGGAGGAGGAAGUGUAAGAAUGGAUAGUGAAGGAGGUCCCCCAGGUUUUGGUGGUGGUGGUACCAAAGGUGUAGCUAGUACUGAAAGUGUUGGUAGUCUAGCAAAAAAAGGAAGUGUUGCAAGGUUCCAAAGUUAUGGAAAUGGUGGAAAUGCAGUAGUUGAUAGUGAAGAACUCCCCCCAGGUUUUGGUGGUGGUGGUAGUGGUACGAAUGGAGGAGGUAAUGUCAACAGUGCUGGUAGACCAGGUGAAGGAGGAAGUGUAGGAAUGGAUAGUGAAGGAGGUCCCCCAGGUUUUGGUGGUGGUGGUGGUGGUGGUACCAAAGGUGUAGGUAGUACCAAAAGUGUUGGUAGUCUAGCAGGAAAAAGAAAUGUUGCAAGGUUCCAAAGUUAUGGCAAUGGUGUAAAUGCAGUAGUUGAUAGUGAAGAACUCCCCCCAGGUUUUGGUGGUGGUGGUCGUAUGAAUAGAGGAGGUAGUGUCAACAGUGCUAGUAGCCCAAGUGGAGGAGGAAGUGUAGGAAUGGAUAGUGAAGGAGGUCCCCCAGGGUUUGGUGGUGGUGGGGGUGGUGGGUCCAAAGGUGUAGGUAGUACCAAAAGUGUUGGUAGUCUAGCAGGAAAAAGAAAUGUUGCAAGGUUCCAAAGUUAUGGAAAUGGUGGAAAUGCAGUAGUUGAUAGUGAAGAACUCCCCCCAAGUUUUGGUGGUGCUGGUGGUGGUACGAAUGGAAGAGGUAGUGUCGACAAUGCUGGUAGCCAAGGUGGAGGAGGAAGUGUAGCAAUGGAUAGUGAAGGAGGUCCCCCAGGUUUUGGUGGUGCUGGUGGUGGUGCUAGUGGUACCAAAGGAGGUGGUAGCAUUGGAGAAGAAGUUGGUGAUGGAGAAAAUUGAUAUAGUAUUAAUGAAGCUUUUAACAUUAGGAAAAAAUAAAAUUAUGUGUUGGUGGAUAUGCAGCCAACAUCUAGAGUUAAACAGUUAAUACUUGGUUCUUUGUUGAACUUGAAUAUAGCUAUGAGAAUAAUAGUUGAUUUCAUUGUGCAAAUGUCAUGUAAUGUUUUACCUUCAUUUGUGAAUGGUAUAUAAUCUGGUAUUAAUUUGCAAGGAAGUUAUAUCCAUAAA